UCUAGUACGUUCCGAUUGAAGGAGGAGCUCUCUACCGCGAAUCUCGAGUUCUUCUCUGGAAAUUCGCAUCCGUUGCCAUAUUCACGGGUUCUUUGUCUGGUGAUAGUUUUUGUUGUUGAUUGUGGGAGAAAUUAGGGGAGUGAAGGCGGUGAGGUUGUGGCUACCUGAGUGGCCAUGACUAUGGCGAUGACACUACCUGCCCUCGGUGCUCCGCCCCACGUUACGGGUGUGCUGGGAAAGAAUUCUGCAGCGGUUGUAUUGUCGAGGGAAGGGGUGUUAGGGUGUAAGCUCCGGCCUACGGUAGCCUGGAGGCAGGAUUGGGGUGGAGGGGAGUUGUCGAGCGGUGUUAAUGAAGCUCUAUUUCGGAGGAGCAGGAGCACAGGUGUUGUGAGCUGUAGUAUGGUCUCUGCCAAAGAGAACGCUCCUGACUCUGUCCUAAGGGAUGGUGCGUCCCGCUUUAAUGUGCUCAUCACAGGCUCCACAAAAGGUGUUGGUUUGGCCUUGGCUGAGGAGUUUCUUCGGAAUGGAGACAACGUUGUUGUUUGCUCGAGAUCACAGGAGAGGGUUCAAAGUGUAGUGCAAGAGCUGAGGAGUCAAUUCGGGGAGCAACGUGUUUGGGGUAAGGAAUGCGACGUUCGAGAUGCGAAAAGCAUCGAAGCUUUAGCCGAUUAUGUGAAGUCUAACCUUGGUCACAUAGAUUGUUGGAUAAAUAAUGCCGGCACAAAUGCGUACAAGUACAACUCUCUCGUAGACUCAGAUGAUGCUGACAUCAUGGAGAUAGUGGAGACGAAUACCCUCGGUGUUAUGCUCUGCUGCCGUCAGGCUAUCAAGAUGAUGAGAGACCAGCGUAGGGGUGGGCAUAUCUUCAACAUGGAUGGAGCAGGAGCUGAUGGGAAUCCAACACCUAGAUUUGCAGCUUAUGGAGCCACGAAACGCAGUCUUGCACAAUUUACGAAAUCAUUGCAGGCAGAGUUGAAGCAGGCAAAUAUUCAGAAUGUUGUUGUUCACAAUAUAUCGCCAGGCAUGGUAACCACAGACCUCCUUAUGUCAGGGAGUGACACUCGUCAGGCAAAAUUCUUCAUAAAUGUUCUGGCAGAAACUCCAGAUACGGUUGCAAAGUAUCUUGUACCACGAGUUCGUAAAAUUGUUGAAGAAAAUAAAAAUAGCAGCACAUACCCGCGAUUCCUUACUGGCUUCAAAGCGUACACCCAGAUUCUAGCUAGAUUGCUCUUCAAGGCAAGAAAAGACCGCUACGUAUCAGAGGAUUGAUCCUGGACUUGCCAUGCGAUCGAUUAUGUCAUCUGCUAGCAACUUCUUCCCAAGGCCUCAUCCAUGUCAUGCAACGCCACAAGGUGACAUUUUCAACCAUUUGGAGGAUAAGUUUGAAUUGUUUUUAAUGUAGUGACAGUACAACCUUGAAGGCUUCAAAUAUAACUCCGAGUACCGUUUCUUUGAACAUUGUGAUGUCUGACAACAUUUGCGUGAAAAGCAAUCAAUAAAGCUGUGCAGAGUAAAACUGAAUUAGGGAAUAUGUUAAGAUAUCUGUGUAGCAUAACUUACUCUCGCCGGGCCCGUGCCCUCUAGCAGUAGAAUCUCAACGGUGAUGGAAGGUGGUGACACAAUCAUGCACUAACUACUGAUUAGAGCGUAAUGUACUUGUGCAUGCCAUCGACAUAUAUCACAGUUGUGUGCACCCCUCUCAAAACGAUUGUCGUAGAGACAUAUUGAUGAUGCGUUGCUACUUUCUAGCCGUGGGGCACUUCGACAUCUC